UCCAUCGAUAUAUCGAUGUAUAUCGGAAAGUCGAAAACAUCGGUUAUAUUCGAUACAUCGAAUAGCAAACAUCGAUGUUUUUUUUUGCAUCGCUGGAAAGAUGGCAAGCUUGAGCAGUAUUUUCAUGGUGUUAGGGUCGAUGGUAACAACAAAUUGUGUUGUUACGCGCAUCCAGACGCACCACUAAUUGAGGACUAUCGGGCUGGAGACAUGAUAUGUUCGGAUUGUGGGCUUGUAGUUGGUGACCGCGUCAUUGAUGUGGGAUCUGAAUGGCGUACAUUUAGUAAUGAGAAAAGCGGAGUUGACCCCAGUCGCGUUGGUGGGGCGGAAAAUCCAUUGCUGGGUGGCAGCGAUUUAUCUACUAUAAUUGGACCUGGGACCGGGUCCGCUUCUUACGAUUCUUUUGGCGCACCAAAAUAUCAAAAUAGGCGCACAAUGAGCAGUUCCGACAGGUCAUUGAUUUCAGCUUUUAAAGAAAUCUCAACGAUGGCUGAUCGAAUAAAUCUCCCAAAAACCAUAGUGGAUCGUGCGAAUAACCUUUUCAAACAGGUGCAUGAUGGUAAAAAUCUUAAGGGCCGGUCGAACGAUGCAAAGGCAUCGGCGUGUUUGUACAUUGCGUGUCGACAGGAGGGUGUGCCACGUACUUUUAAGGAAAUUUGUGCUGUCAGCAAAAUAAGUAAAAAAGAAAUUGGACGUUGCUUUAAGUUGACUCUAAAGGCUCUUGAAACUAGUGUGGAUUUAAUUACCACAGCAGAUUUUAUGUCCCGAUUUUGCGCCAAUCUGGAUCUACCAAAUAUGGUACAGCGGGCCGCGACGUAUAUUGCAAAGAAGGCUGUCGAAAUGGACAUUGUUCCAGGAAGAUCACCUAUAUCAGUUGCAGCCGCUGCUAUUUACAUGGCUUCUCAG